CUCCUCUGGUCAACCAACCAAACCCACACCCUCUUCCCUUCUACUUAUGCCUUCUCACUGCUAAAACCCCCAUUUCUCUUCUUCUUAUUCUCUCGCAAUACAGCCAUGUCCUCCUUCGCCGCACCCACCAAUCUAAUUGCCAAUGCUCCACCCUCCUCCUCCUCCUUAUCCUCCCGUCGUAAGUCACGUGCUGCGGCAGCCGCCCCUUCACGUGCUCCCUUCUUCAAAUGCGAUCUUUCCUCCUCACCUUCCUCACAGAACCCUAAAAGUCGCAAUUCCGUGCAACAACAAAAAGUUUCCAUCCUCAAAUCUCUCUCUAAGCCUCUAGCUCUUGCCGCUGGUGCUUCUGCGGCCACUUUAUUUCUCCGCCUCACUCCCAUCCCAUUCAACGACGGGCCUGGCGAUUUCGGAGGUGGUAAUGGCGGAGAUUGGUUUGGAGGCGGCGGUGGGGAUGGUUUUGGUGAGGGUGGAGGAUUUUGGAAGAGACUGUUUUCUGCGGCGCCUGCAAUUGCGGAUGAGUCGCAGUCGCAAGAGUGGGAUUCACAUGGUUUACCGGCUAACAUUGUAAUUCAGCUGAAUAAACUAAGUGCAAUGAAGAAGUACAAAAUUUCAGAAAUCCUCUUCCUUGAUCGGCGACGAGGGGCCAUUGUAGGGACUGAGGAUUCGUUCUUUGAGAUGGUUUCUCUGCGGCCCGGUGGAAUCUAUACCAAAGGGCAGCUGCAGAAGGAACUUGAAACGCUAGCCACUUGUGGAAUGUUCGAGAAAGUAGACAUGGAAGGGAAAGCUAACCCAGAUGGAACCAUAGGCCUUACUAUUUCAUUCACUGAAAGCACCUGGCAAUCAGCUGAUAAGUUUAGGUGCAUUAACGUAGGUUUAAUGCCACAAUCAAAACCCAUUGAAAUGGAUCCAGAUAUGACUGAUAAAGAGAAGAUGGAGUAUUAUAGGAGUCAAGAGAAGGAUUACAAGAGAAGAAUAGAGAAGGCAAGGCCUUGUUUGUUGCCAAUGGCUGUGCAUAGAGAGGUACUUCAGAUGUUGAGAGAUCAGGGGAAGGUUAGUGCAAGGUUGUUGCAGAAGAUUAGGGAUAGAGUGCAGAAGUGGUAUCACGAUGAAGGAUAUGCGUGUGCUCAAGUCGUGAAUUUUGGGAAUUUGAAUACUAGGGAAGUGGUUUGUGAGGUAGUGGAGGGGGAUAUUACCCAGAUGGUUAUUCAGUUCCAGGAUAAGCUUGGCAAUGUUGUUGAAGGGAACACACAGCUUCCUGUUGUCAAGAGAGAAUUGCCCAAACAGCUUCGACAAGGUCAAGUUUUUAACAUUGAAGCUGGGAAACAAGCUCUUAGAAACAUAAACUCACUGGCUUUGUUCUCAAAUAUUGAAGUUAACCCCAGGCCUGAUGAGAAGAACGAUGGAGGAAUCAUUGUUGAGAUUAAGCUUAAAGAACUAGAGCCAAAAUCAGCUGAAGUUAGUACUGAGUGGAGUAUUGUUCCUGGACGAGGAGGACGUCCCACAUUGGCUUCAUUCCAGCCAGGAGGGACUGUUUCUUUUGAACAUCGGAAUAUCAAGGGGCUUAAUCGGUCUAUUCUUGGUUCAAUAACCACUAGCAAUUUCUUCUUGCCUCAGGACGAUCUUGCUUUUAAGCUUGAAUAUGUUCAUCCCUAUUUGGAUGGUGUAUAUAAUCCACGCAACCGUACUCUUCGUGCAAGCUGCUUCAACAGCCGGAAACUAAGUCCAGUCUUCACUGGUGGGCCAGGAGUGGAUGAUGUCCCUCCCAUAUGGGUUGAUCGAGCUGGCCUCAAGGCUAACAUUACUGAGAAUUUCACUCGUCAGAGUAAAUUCACUUAUGGGAUUGUGAUGGAAGAGAUAACCACACGUGAUGAAAGCACUAAUAUAGCUGCACAUGGUCAAAGAAUGUUGCCAAGCGGAGGAAUUAGCUCGGAUGGACCACCAACGACCCUUAGUGGCACUGGAAUCGACCGAAUGGCAUUUCUACAAGCAAAUAUCACGCGUGAUAACACCAAGUUUGUAAAUGGAGCUGUAGUUGGUGAAAGGAAUGUAUUUCAGGUGGACCAAGGCCUCGGAAUUGGCAGCAAGUUUCCAUUCUUUAAUCGUCACCAACUAACUAUCACACGGUUUAUACAGUUGAAGCAAGUGGAGGAAGGUGCUGGUAGAUCGCCACCACCUGUACUAGUCCUGCAUGGCCAUUAUGGCGGUUGUGUUGGCGAUCUUCCAAGCUAUGAUGCUUUUACCCUUGGGGGACCUUAUUCUGUGAGGGGUUACAACAUGGGUGAACUGGGAGCAGCUAGAAAUAUCCUUGAGCUCGGAGCUGAAAUUCGGAUACCUGUGAGAAAUACACAUGUGUAUGCAUUCGCAGAGCAUGGAACUGAUCUGGGAACUUCUAAGGAUGUUAAGGGGAACCCAACAGAAGUAUACAGAAGAAUGGGUCAUGGUUCAUCAUAUGGUGCUGGGGUGAAGCUGGGUUUGGUUCGUGCUGAGUAUGCUGUUGAUCAUAAUACUGGCACUGGAUCAUUAUUCUUCCGGUUUGGGGAGAGAUAUUGAAUGGCAAUUGAUUACAGACUUUGGCCAUUAGAUUUUCUGGAAGAACUGCCAAGAGUUAUGGAUUAAGAGAAUUUUUAUGAGAUCCUAGAACUAGAUGCGUGUUUUAUUUGCAUAGGGCCUUUUCCAAUUGUUCUUGGUUGGUAUAGUUUUUGCUCUUGGCCCUAUAAGAGCCCACAGAGAUGGAGAGAAGAUUGUAAUGUCUUGAUUUAUUUCAUGUACUUUCAUGAGGCACUGUCUUUGGGUAAGCAUAGCGGUUUAUAUUUGAUUGUGCAAAACUGAGAAUAAAUUUUUUGAUAGCUGUUUGAUUUUCUCCUAUUAAGGAUGGAGCUUUCUUGUUUAUUUCUA